CAGAAGGCAACGCUACCGACAAAUGGGUCGAUGCAGACGAAUAGGUCUUCGCUGCAGACAAAUGGGUCGCCAGCAAAUGGGUCGCCAGCAAAUGGGUCGUCAGCACAUGGGUCGUCAGCACAUGAGAUCAUUGAAAGCGCGAUCGGAUUCGAGAGGAGAAUGCCCAAGGCACUGGCAAAAGCUAUGAGAGCUGUAUUUACAGAGGAGCAGCUGGCCACCUGUUCGUUCAAGGGUGGCAUAACCACCAAUGGGGAUCGUCGUGUCGGCCUACCAGAGGCUGAGCGAGAAGCUGUCAUUGAUGUUAUGUCCCGCAAAUUUGAGGUUGACCGAUCAGUCAUCGAGACCAAAAUGCGAAGUGCUUUGAGGAGAUUGUUUGUAAUGUUAAGAUAAAAAAUGUGUGUCGCUCCUAAAUAGUUUAAACUGAGAUAUCUUGUGUGUAAAUAGUUGUAAAUGGUUGUAUAUAUUUUCAAGUUUGGAAAGUUAUGUAGAUCUCAAAUGUGCUUCCAUGUCCAUAGUGCUAAUAUAUUUAAUAAUUAGAAUGAAUUAUCUUUGAUAUUUUUUUUUUUAAUAAAUUCGAGAAACUUACAUAAUUUGUGCGCCACAUUACAAGUUUGGCAAAAAAUAAUCUCUUACAAUAUUAACAACCAUGUGAGAAUUGAGAAAGAUUUUUUUUAAACUUUUUUGCAAUUUGACAAUUUGGUAAGCCUUAUUCUUGGUCUUUCAACAUAUUUUAUUUGCCAUUGUUAUUUAUUGUGAUAUUGUUUGAAAAAAAUGUAUAUAUAUUGACAUGUUAUUUUUCAUUUGCAUUCUUUGUAUGGAGCAAUGUAAACCAAAAAGUAUAGGGACAGGGGCAGUUGCAGAGGAAAGCGGAAAAGCUUUUAAGCACCCAUAGAAUGGUCUUAACUACUUGUUUAUUUUAAAAUGAUUUAUGUUAAUAAAUGUGUUUAUUUCAAA